CCGCCAGUUGACAUUCCCCGUCGAUACAGGAAGCCCCAAACGAACCUUAAGACAUGGCCUAAGAGGAGCCCAAGUUUAUCACCAAAUGGAAAGGAUGUUUUUUGCUAGGACGGCGAAUGAAUAAGACUUGGAUGGGGCAGGCUUGCCCGCAAUCCGGGAUGACUUGCCUUCACGCUGCAGUCCGCUAUCAUCCACAAUCCACCAGGAGGAAACUCAUCCCACGCCAACUCCCCGCCCGCCUCCCAUAUAAAGAAUAGCCUCGACGAGCCUCAAAUAGACGUCUGUCCUCCAAAGAAUCCUCACUUCCAGUCUAAAUCGAUCGCACCUACACCUCAACCAUGUCCCCCGCCAAAGUUCCCGUUCUGAGCCAACACGCUCCCGCCCCGAGCCCGUUGAUGUCGCAAGGCAUCAUCUCCAACGGCAUGCUCUAUUGCUCCGGCAGUCUCGGCAUCGACCCCAAGACCAGCACUUUUGUGCCAGGCGACGUGGCUGACAGGACGGUCCAAGCCCUGCGCAAUCUGGAACAGGUCCUCAUCGCCGGCGGGAGCGAUCUGAGCAAGGUCGUCAAGGUCACGAUCUUCAUCUCCAGUAUGGCGCAUUAUGCCAAGGUCAACGACGGGUAUGCCAAGGUCUUUGGGGAGUAUGAUGUCAAGCCGUGCCGUACCUGUGUGGGCGUGGCCAGUCUUCCGCUGGAUGCGGAGGUUGAGAUUGAGCUGGUUGCUGCUGCUUAGGCGUUGACGGGGAUCUGAGCGUGUGCCGGAUUUCAAGGAUGGAGAAGAUGGAUUGAAGGUUAACUGGAUUUUAACUGGAUUGAUACUAGGAGAGGGCAGUGACUAGGAGAGGGCAGUGAUGGGAAGCGGAUGCCCUAACUGCUGUGCCCAAACAGGGGGCUUUGCCGUAGAAAGAGAGCAGGAUUGACCUAGUCUGCUAACGAACAUACAUGAAAGAUACACCAACAGUGAGAUAGUACCGAGCAACAAAUAGAG